GGGGACGGCUGGGACUUGUAGUCCCGCCGCCCGUUCCCCCGCCAUGCAGGCACCGGCGGCGGCGGAGCGCAACAAGGGCCCCAUCCUGGCGGUGCUGCGGGAGUACGCGGGGCCCGGUGCGGUGCGGGUGCUGGAGGUGGGGGCGGGCGCGGGGCUGCACGCCGCUCACUUCGCCCGGGCGCUGCCCCAGACCCGCUGGCAGCCCUCCGACAUCGACCCCCAGGCGCUGCGCAGCAUUGCUGCCUAUGCGGAGGCCAUGCAGGUACCCAACAUGCUGCCCCCGGUCCUGCUGGACGUCUCGCAGGGCUGGGAGAUGUGGGGGGACACCCAGCCUGCCACCCUCGACCUCCUCGUCAGCAUCAACAUGAUGCACAUCGCGGAGCUGCGGUGCACCGAGGGGCUGUUCAAGGGUGCUGGGGUGCUGCUGAAGCCCGGAGGAGUGCUCUUCACCUACGGGAAAUCCUGCCUGGGGCCUUCGGGACACAGCGCUGCUGCGGCAGCUGGCCGAGGCCAACGGGCUGCGCCUGGAGAGGAUGGUGGACAUGCCAGCCAACAACAAAAGUCUCAUCUUCCGCAAGCAGUAACCUGCCCCUACGGCACCUCCCGGCAUGGCCACCCCCCACCCCUUGAGGGGGGCUGGGCUUGGCGAGGGGGGGGGGGGGCGUCUCCCCCAGCCCCUUCGGGGCUCCCUUUGCAAUGGGGUGCCCCAGCCUGGCCCAGAGGAGCCACCACAGCUACCACAGGCUGGGGGGAUGGGGCACAGCACCCCUGGGCAUGGGGGACAUUCCUUGCUUAGUCCCUGUUUCCCCGGAGGAUGCUGUGCCAAAGGUGGGGGGGACCCAUUCCCCUUUUUCACCCCCGGGACUGUGCUGCUGCCCCCAAUAAACUCCAGGGCCUUCCCCCUGCCCAAGCA